AAACCCGUCCAGCCCGCGCUCCCAUUGGCUGCCGCCACUCGCGAUCCGAUGGCCGGGAUUGGCCGAGGGGGGAGAGAGAUCCAGUGGCUGCAGCGCCGGCCGGGCCGGGAUCCAGUGGGGUCGGGUAGACGGGCGGACACAGGCUGAAAGCACCCCGACUUGUGUGAGGGGCCCCGGUAUGGCCUCUCGAUCCAGAGACUCUGUGAAGAGGGAGCCGCCCAGUCAGUUGAAGGUGAGGCACGCCAUCCCGCUGACCAGAGACACGCAGGGAAUCUACAGCCUGGCGCUCUCUGGCGACGGUCACCAGCUCAUUGUGGGCUUCGGCAACGGAGCCAUCCAGGCGGUGGACCCGGACGUUGGCAAGCCGUUGCGGGACCUGUUCAGUGGCGGAGUUUCACGCCAGGCCACCACUGGACUCUGCUUCCACCCGACGGACAACAGCCAUCUGAUCGCCGUGGGAGCGGAGGGCACUGUCGCUGUCUAUAACACCCAGACCGCGACCUGUGUCACCAGCUUCACAGAGGAGGAGAACCAGCUCUACGCGGUCGACAUCUCGGCUGACGGCUCCACAUUCGCCACCGCCGGGCGGAACCGCGGUAUCAAGAUAUACGAUGCCCGCAACAACCAGCUGAUCAACGUGCUGGAGCCAGCAGACUACGUGACGAGUGGGAAGGAGCUCCGUCCCAUUGAUGGCCACACGCGCCGCAUCUACGCUCUGCGCUUCCACCCCCAGGAGCGUCACAUCUUCGUGUCCGGCGGCUGGGACGACUCCAUCAAGAUCUGGGACAAGCGAAUGGCGAGCGAAGCUCGAAAGGUCAUCAACGGCCCCCACAUCUGUGGCCCCGGCAUCGACAUCAAGAACAACAAGAUCCUGACGGGCUCGUGGGUAGCUCGCAACGCUCUGCAGAUCUGGGACUUUCGGAAAACAACGCCGGAGAAGAGCGUUGUGUUCCCCUCAGACCUGGAUCAUGGGGAGUUCAUCUACUCCGCUCGAUACUGCACAGGAGACACUGUCAUCGCUGGGGGCAGUGGGACUAACAGUGCUCAGGCCGUCAACAUCAAGACCGAUGCGGUCCUGGGGGAGAUUAAACUGCACCAGCACCCGGUACAUGUGGUGGCCACCACAAUGGAUGGUCACGUGGUGGCAGUGGGUGGUGGCCGCGGGAAUCUCCACGUUGGCUACCUGGAGUAGAGGAGCCGGCGACAGGGAGAGAAUCGCCAGCGAGAGGGAGAAACGCCGGCGAGAGAAGACAGCGAUGGGCGUGGGGGAGACUGCGGGAGAGACGGCAGCGAUACAGGUUCUGGACCACUCGCUGCCUCAGUCAAUCAUAUUCUCAUUACAUGCAUGCUUGAACAAUG